CGCUUUUUUUUCGCCUUCCGCUUUUAUAACAAUGAAGGAUGUUUAUCAUCCGCCAUUGAAGGAAGCUUCAAAGGCUACAACGUACCGCUCCAUGUUGCCAUUGAAGUAAGCUUCACCAUCGUUGACGACCUUUCUCCACUCCAAGUCUCCAUUAGUUGCCCCUGCUUUUUUCCUCUACUUCCUUAGGUCUGCAACUUCUUCCCUCUGCUAUUGAAGCAAGGUGCUGCGAGGUAUCUCUUAACACCAGAUUAAUAAUGUUGAAGAUUUCAACUCCAAAAACAGCAAAAUCCAAACGAGUGCUUGAAAAGCGUGCUCCCAAGCUUGUUGAGAAUGGGAAGAAAACACUGAUACUACAAGGAACCAAGACCAGCAAUAUAUUAAAUUCUGUUUUGACUGAAAUUUAUCAUCUGAAGAGGGGCAGUGCGGUUAGGUUCACCCGUAAGAAUGAGAAUAUCAGGCCCUUUGAGAGUGGCGGAGAAACUUCUUUGGAGUUCUUUUCACUUAAAACUGAUUGCAGUCUCUUUGUGUUUGGUUCCCACUCAAAGAAACGCCCCAAUAAUCUAGUUAUAGGGCGGACUUAUGAUCAUCACAUUUAUGAUCUUGUUGAGGUUGGAGUGGAGAAUUUCAAAACCAUGGACUCCUUUUCAUAUGACAAGAAAAUAGCUCCCCAUGUGGGGUCAAAACCUUUCUUUGCUUUUAUUGGAGAAGGUUUUGAAAGCAUAGAAGAGCUGAAACAUUUGAAGGAAGUUUUGCUCGACUUAUUCAGGGGAGAGGUUGUAGAGAAUUUAAACCUUGCUGGGGUAGACCGGGUAUAUGUUUGUACCGCUGUAUCCUCAAAUAGAGUGUUCUUCACACACUGUGCACUAAGGUUAAAAAGGUCAGGCACAAUUGUUCCAAGGAUGGAGCUGGUGGAAGUGGGCCCAUCCAUGGAUUUAGUAAUUCGGCGGCAUCGUCUUCCCAACGACAGCCUAAGGAAAGAAGCCAUGAAAACUGCUGCUGAAAAGCCUAAGAAAAAGGAGAAAAAUGUUAGCCGUGAUGCAAUACAAGGAAAAAUUGGGAAGAUAUACAUUCCAGAUCAAAAGGUUGGUGGUAUGUCACUAUCAAAUAAGGUUAAGGGGCUAAAAAGGGAACGCCGUGAGGCCAAGAUGAAGAAUGGUGCAGAUGAUCAUAGAUCAAAGAAGCAGAAGUCAGAUUCUAAUUAAUUGUGAUUUCACUUUGUUGCAUCUUUAGGAUAUAGUUGUCACUCAUUGCAUGUUUCUGUUUGGUGAAAUGAAGAAUAAUUUAGAUAAACCAUCUCCAAGAGCUGCAAAAUUUCUGAAGUUAGUUUCAAUUCAUUUUAUUCAUGACUAUCAGUCAUUUUUAGUUUA